UGGCUCCCACCUCACACACGCUCACAUCAUGAGGGAUCUGGUUGUUUUGGCAGUGAUAGGCGUGUGUUCGGCCGGCUAUCAGGCCUACAAUCCCGGCUAUCAGGCCUACAACCCCGGCUUCGGCUAUGGCAUCCAGCCCAAGUAUGUCGGCCCCGUGGCUGCCACCAUCCCCGCCGGCAUCGGCGGCAAGGUCAUCCCCGUCUCAGACACCUACGAAGUCGCUGCCGCUAAAGAUGACUUCUACAAGGCCUACAACAAGCAAUUGAAAACUCUGGAUAUUAUCCGCUCCAGUCGUUAUGGCACCCCUGGCUACGCCCCCGCUCUCCCUGUCCACAAGGCCCCUGUGGCUCCCAUAUUUGCCUCCACCGGCUCCUACGGUGCCCCGGCUGUCGCCUACGGUGCCCCGGCUGUCGCCUACGGUGCCCCAGCUGUCGCCUACGGUGCCCCCAUCGGCUCCUACGGCUACCACGGUCCCCCCACCCAGGUCCACGACACUCCCGAGGUAGUCGCCGCCAAGGCUGAGUUCUUCAAGCUCUACAACAAGCAGGCAGCAGCGGCAGCCGCGGCACCUGACCUCUACACCUACCAUUAAGCCAACCAUCAUAAUAUAAGGGUCAUUUAAUAAUAAACAGGUAUUCCAGGGAGUUAGCCAACUGUAAUGGAGUUGCAUCCUGGAGAGGGUCAGUAGUUUGAUCUUGGUGGGGAAGACCUCGAUAUAAGUUUUAUAUAUUAUAUUAUAUAUAUAUUAUUUCUGUCUCCGAAUGUAUUGUACACCUCCACCCCUGACAGUACUAUAAUAAAGUUGCAUCUCUAAAA